AUGCAGACUGCUUCUACAAACAUUUGUGAAAGAAUGGGUCACUCUCAGGAGCUCAGUGAACUCAAGCGUGGUACUGUGAUAGGUUGCUACCUGUGCAAUUUCAAGUCCAUCUGUGAAAUUUCCUUGCUACUAAAUAUUCCACGGUCAACUGUUAGUGGUUUUGUAACAAAGUGGAAACAACUGGGAACAACAGCAACUCAGCCACGAAGUGGUAGGCCACAUAAAAUGACAGAGCGGGGUCAGCACAUGCAGAAGUGCACAGUGCACAAAAGUUGCCAAAUGUCUGCAGAGUCACUUAGUUCCAGUGAAGGAAACUCGUAAGGCAUCAGCAUACCAAGACAUUUUAGACAAUUUCAUG